GUCACUGCGGCCGAACCCGAGGCGCCUGUAUGGAGUGGAUGUGUGGGCGAUUCCGGCGACUUACCCCCUCAACAGCUACAUAAUUACUUACAUUAUGAAUGCGACAGUUUGAAAGUGAUAUCGUUUACAAUUAUGAGUGAAUGGGAUCGAGGGACAGGGAUCACAGCACUGGCUCAUUACAUUAAGAGGGAAAGGAAGCUUAAAGAUCAAGGUAUCGAUUGGUACGCAACCGAUCAGAAAGGCGACACCAACCGCAUCGACACCAUAGGACAGGGAUCUCUUUGGCGCACAAUAAGUGCAUUCAUACGGCUCACAGUACAGGCAUUCAAAAAACAUCGUUGUCAGUAC